AAACAACCCGUUUAUUUACAGGUAAAACUGAUGGAGCACGUUUUCAAGGCUUGGCUAAUUUUCCUGAUCGCCAGUUUGGCGCUUGCUGAUGAACAAUCAGAUCCCUGCCCAAAACUAAGCUCCUCUUCACCAUGUAGAUGCAAGACUCAAUACGACUCGUAUGGAGAAGGUACUGAAGUACAGUGCUCUAACAUAAAUAGCAAAGACACCUUGUACGAAGAACUUCAGAAAUUCCGUGGUUACCCAAUUGAUAACCUGAAAUUAAACAAUCUUCGGGUGCCAUUUUUACCUGCCGGUUUAUCUAUAGGUUUGUCAGUCAAGAGUCUUUCUAUAGUAAAUGGUUUCGUAGGUAACCUAUAUUCACCUAAAGAUGCAACUCCAUCUCCAUUAGAAGGUCUUGAAGAUUCAUUAAGAGAAGUUCAUAUUAUAAACACAAUGGAUGUAAACAAAUGGUUGUGGCCAGAUGUAAAGAAAUUUAAGAAACUGAGGAAAAUAUCAGUAACAAAUUCUCCUUUUGAUUUUGUUGGCCAUACUUUUGCUGAAAUCGGAGAAGGAUCUCUGGAAAGCAUCUCAGUUAGGAAUAGCAGAGUGUAUAGAAUCCAUCCUCAAGCUUUCCCAGAACUUACAAAUUUAUUUCAUGCAGAUUUUGAAGGCAAUAAUCUUCCAUACCUGGUACGAACCAUGUUCCCUAAUCCAGCUCCUAAGUUAGAGAUCUUGAAUUUUAGGCACAAUCGUCUGUUCACUUUGAAUGAGAAUAUGUUUGAAAACAUGCCUGCCCUCAAAUUCCUAGAUUUCUCCAGAAACGAUUUCAAAAAGUUCGAAAGUGUUCCCUUCUCGCCUUUAUGGAAUCAGCUAGAGUUUUUAUUUUUGAGUGAAAACCCCUUCAAUUGUGAUUGCAGUCUUGCACCGUUGAAAAACAGAUUAACAUCAAACAAUCUUCCCAAAUCAAAUGAUUUCAAAAGCAUCACAUGUAUGAACCAUGGAGCUCUCAGAAAGACGAAACUCGCAGAAUUAGACACCUCUUCUCUUCAGUGUUACUAAUUUGAAUAAAAAAAUUCUUUUCUACUCUUA